GUGUAUGGGUGUCGCUAUAACAGUGGCUUCUGCCUCCGGUGGAGCCAUGCUCUCCAGCGCUUUUACUUUCCUUGAGCAGUACCACUACACUGUGCCUUUUGUGGUGUAUGGAGCUAUGAUGGCAAGUAUCGGUGUAGCCGGCCUCAUUUUCCCUGAGACCAUCAGAAGACCUCUGAAAAAUGUCCAGCAAUGUCGUCACCGGAAAAUCCCGCUGAUGGAAGGCGCACGCCUCGUGGGCAGACCGCCAAAUCUCUGGGAUGCUGUUUGAGGCGGGAGUUAAGGCAAUACGUUGAAGCUACUGAUUUGUUGUGAUACUUUAAUUUAUGUUAUUCUAGUGAUAACGGCGAACGAAGAAGGGAAUGAAGAGCUGACAACAUCAAAAGGAGAGACCUUUUUUUUAUUACUCCUCCUUUCUUUCGCCGCGUAAGUGAGCAAUGGCUGUUUUUGUUACUCAAUAAUUGUCCAAAAGAUGUAGUUGAGUCCGUUGUGCUUGAUUUGCUGUGGACUAUUUUCACAAUUUUCUCUUGUAGAUCUCGUCCAAUCUAUGGGCAAAGUGCUUUCCCUCUAGCUUGCCGACUGGGGUGUGUGUAGAAGAACACUGUCCUGUUCAUUUCUUAGAGGUAAAGUUUUAUAAUCAUGAUCUGACUCCUUAAACACGGAUAUUCGCUGAGGACAUACUUUUUAGUGUUUGCCAGCUACAUGGGCGACUGACAGAUGCUUUGGUGUGGUUUGCUCAUUCUUACAUAUCAUCAUGUCUUAUCUCUCCUCCUCCUUCUUUGUUUGUACGUUACCCUCUAGUCAAACCCCUAAUCUUAACCCUAUCUGUACACCCUGAGGUCAUUUGUACCCCCAGGGUUGUAUGCUUCACAUUUUAGAAUGCUU